AUGGCUGGGUCUGGAAGUUCUGAGGUGAGAACUCCGAUCUUCUCCGGUGAGAACUACGAGUUCUGGAGAAUCAAGAUGGUGACAAUCUUCAAAUCCCAUGGGUUGUGGGCAUUAGUUGAAAAGGGGAUUCCAGUCUCAGAUUCAAAGAAGAAGAAGGCUGAAGGAAGCUCAGAAGAGGAAGACGAUGAGAAAACUGUGGCUGCAUAUAUGCGAGAUGCUAAAGCUCUUGGUAUUAUCCAGAAUGCAGUCUCGGAUCAGAUAUUCCCUCGAAUUGCCAACGCUGAUACAGCUAAGACGGCAUGGGAUCUGCUAUAUGGUGAAUACCACGGUGGUGAUCAGGUACGAUCAGUUAAACUCCAAAAUCUUCGACGUGAAUUCGAGUAUACUAGAAUGCGUGAUGAUGAAACGUUAUCUGGGUAUCUUACACGUUUGAAUGAGUUGAUUAACCAAAUGAAGACGUUUGGUGAGGUAUUGUCUAAUGAAAGACUUGUGCAAAAGGUUUUAAUAAGUCUUAGCAAACCUUAUGAUCCUAUCUGCCUUGUGAUUGAGAAUACGAAGUGUAUAGACAAGGUUGAUUUACAGGAGGUUCUGGCAAUUCUUAAGAGUCAGGAACAACGUUUUGAUAUGCACAAUGUUGAUGCUACUGAUAAGGCUUUUGGCUCUUUUUCUGUGAGUUCAAAAGGUCAACAACAGAGAGAUAAUUCUCAAUCAAGUGGAUCUAAGAAAAACUGGAAUGGAGAGGGCAAGAAGUGGGAUUCAAAGCCUCAGUCCUAG